AUGUCUUCUUGGGGGCCUAAUACUGAUCUCUACCAUGUCUAUGGCCAGACAAUGGAGCACUUUGAAGAUGUCCACGCAACGACGAAGCCUGAAACUCUUCUCAAGGUCGUUCGCAUACCAUGUGAUGACACCCCAUGCACGAUAGAAACCUUCUCCCUCGCCAGACUUGGCCCAGACGAUUUCAGCCUCGAAGUUUGGAGAGACGCGGAAAAGUGUCUUAUAUGCUUCCCAAGAAUCUGGAAGAGUAACAAUAACUCGCAAAGUUUCAGCUGGAAAUAUCGUUCGCUCAUCGGCGUUACCGCCGCAAGUCUGGGUGAGAAUAGUGGAGAGUGGAAGGCAGACUAUUUGAUGUACACGUGCCAGGACAAGGAAGCAAAUCUUCCACAUAACACAUACCUCGAAAAACUUUCUGGUACUACCGUGUAUGGAGAUGCAUACGUCUUCAAGAUGCAGAGAGAGCAGACGGGAGAAGAUGGCCCCUGUAAAGCGAAAUACUAUGACUUAGGAGACGACUUCGCGUUGGCUGCGAAGGAUAAGGGCUUUCCAAAUAAAAUACUGUGGGAACUCUUGAUCACGCUACCAAAGAGGAACAAGUAG